CAAAACAAAAGGGGGGAAAGUGCUAAAAUAUAACGGCGACAAACUUAGUCGACACCGAGUUAAGGCUCUUUGCUCUAACAUUCCUAGCUCAAGGCCUUGAUUACCAUAUUAUUUUUUUCUUCAUUGUUUCGUGUCGGUUCACAUUGUUACUGCUAUAAACAAUCGGUGCUCAUAUCGCGUUCAUACCACAGUCAACAGCAGUUUAAAACGGAUGUUUUUCGGUAAACAGUGCUAUUUCAUCGUGUGAUGACUGUCUUUGAAUACUUUAUUAAAUAUCCGUGAUUUGUUUUGGAAGGACCAACAAACCGGGUAGGUGACUGUUUUUUUUACCUGUGUUUACAAGCAGACGACGGAAUCUGUUUUCGGGCGUGUUCUAUUGUCACGGCGUGCUGGCGGUCGUGUCGCGGCCUACAUAGAUAAGACGUGGAGCGUUUCCUGGUCUGCGGCGCGGUAGAUACAAACGUUGGCGUGUGCGGGCUCGGAUUGUUCUUCCUCGUGUGCUGCGACACAGGUGUCGUUACGCUGAGCUAACGGAUGUGUUUUCACAACAUUGGGACGUCGUGACGGUUGGUUAAACAAUUUUUACUUCCUGAGCAAGUGGAGCGGACACUAGCCGAGACCUCAGCCCUCGCCGAGACCUCAGCCCUCCAGCCGUCCUCCCAUCUUUUCUGAUGCUCGCGGACAGCCAAGGUCGCACGUUCCGGAUCGUUGCCCGUCCUGCCCCAGGCGUCAAGCGUUUGGGCGUGUCACCAUCUGGUCUCUCCGUCAUCCUCUCUCCGGUCAAGCGUGACAUCGAACUGGAUCCCAGCACCACCAUCCAGAACUAUCCAUCACGCAGCAUGCCGGCCAACAGCCCCAACACAACGUCCAGUCAGUCCUCGAACCAGAGCCAGUCAGGCGAGCCACUGAGCCGGACCAACCUCUACAUCCGGGGUCUCAACCCCAGCACGACAGACAAGGACUUGGUCAACCUGUGCAACUCGUUUGGAAAAAUUACAUCAACAAAAGCUAUCAUAGAUCAAACUACCAACAAAUGUAAAGGUUAUGGUUUUGUAGACUUUGAGAAUCCCCAGGCAGCAGAGCUGGCAGUUCAGGCUCUACAGAACCAAGGCAUACAAGCACAGAUGGCCAAAAAACUGCAUGUCUACUCCCACCAGCAACAAGAGCAGGACCCAACCAACUUGUACAUUGCCAACUUGCCCAUGUAUUUCAUGGAGAAAAAUCUAGAGAACAUGUUCAAGGAAUAUGGAACAGUUAUCUCUACACGGAUCCUCCGCAAACCAGAUGGCCUGAGUAGAGGGGUAGGCUUUGCCAGAAUGGAAUCUAAAGAAAAAUGUGACCAGAUCAUUAAUGCAUUUAACAACAAAAUGUUGCCAGGUAGCACAGAGCCCUUGUUGGUCAAGUUUGCAGACAGUGGUAACAAGAAAAAGACAAGUCCAACAGCGCUCACACCUCGACUCUUCACGCCUGGCAGAGAGGAUGCUGGGAUUUCAGCAAUACAUUUUGCAUAUGAACAACAAUUAGCUGCAGCAGCAAACUUAAAUGGGCAGUUUAUCAACUACGGUGUUCCGACCCCUACAAUAAUGCCAGCAGGGUUGAUGCCCCGGGGCUAUACGUCAGUGGCGGCCACCAACCCUGUCACCACGUACCAGAUGUCCUCCAACCCAGGCCCCACUGGAUGGUUGCCCCAGUAUUUGGUGCAACCCCACCAAAUGCCACAUAUCUUGCCCACCACAGUCCACCCUGAGCUGGCCGCUGCCACCAUGCUGGAUCCCAGUUUGCUGAUGUAACACCCUGUCAGUACCUCGCAGCCUCAUUGUCUACCUGCCUUCAGUGUUUGUCAGGCAGUUCUAUUUGUUUGCAUCCAUUUCAUCAUCUUAGAUAUCAAAUUUUUACUUUUCUGCCAUUGUUGUUUUAUGCACGAAAACUGUUCAUGAAAUCUGAUGCAGUUUUAAGCUUUUUUCAUCAAAUGAUUUUUAAAAUGAUUUUUAACAUUAUUGUGGACUGCUCCAACUGUUUUCUUUUAUUAAUUUUGGGUGUCGAGAUAUUUGUCUGUGAAUGUAAUCUAGGAAAGAUAUCCGACUUUUUUCUAUAAAUGCACUUUUAUUAAAAUUGCAAAACUGCUAUAAAUAUGGAAAUGUCAUUUUAGAAAUGACCUUUUAUAUUCAUCAAUUUAUUUCUAUUUAUGAGAUUUGUCAUUUUUAAAGUAAUGCGCAAAGUUCCAGUAAUUUUAGACAUUGUAAAACUCCGCAGCUGUGAUAGACUUUUAUAACAAAUUUGCAUAUUUAUUUACCCCAUACGUUAAUAACUUUUAAGCAAUAAUGGAAAAUUUUAUUUAUUACCUUUUUAGUGUACAUGUGUAGUUUUUCUACUCUUGCUACUAAGUUAGUGAAUGUAGUAAAAAUCUGUUUACCCUGGACAGUACAUUUCAAUGGUUUUCAUUGCUUCAAGCCAGAUGAAAAAAUCAAGCCACAAAUUUGUAGAGAUCACUGAGUCUCCCUCUGAUGUUUACAUGUGUAUAUAGUUUAUAAUGCCUGUCAUACAUUGGGUGAAAAUAUUUCAUUGAAUGAGUAGGUGCAUUGUUAGAAAGUAGACCUUGUGCAUCAUGUUCAUAUUUUUUUCCUCAUAUUUUUAUCAUUUAUUUUUUGUUUUAAAAAUCAAAACCUUGGAGAUGUUUUAUUUCUAAUGCUAUGCAAUUUUUAGUUCAAUCUUUUUAACUCUUUUUGCUAAUGUUUGCAAUUUUUAACUUUCCAAUGCAUUCACUUACUGGAGAAAUGUUCCUAAUAAGAUCUGUGAGAUUCAUGUGACUUGCAACAGUUGUCUAUGACUAACACUAAUUAAACCAGCUCAUGUUCCAACUGUUGCUGGGUGUGCAUCUAUUACAACUGCAUUAAAAUUGUCACGGCAUGAGUCCCAGGUGUAAGAAAGUUUCCAGGAGAUUCUGUGCCGCUGGGUUUUGCUAACCUUUGAGUUGAUGUUGCUGCUGUUCUUUGCAGAUGGUAACCAGCAGUACGGGUACGGGCAGUACGCUCGACCCAACAUCCUUGAUUCCACAACUGACCGCCCAGAUGGGACAACUUCAACUGUCAACAACUUCGGUAGGCACUUAGCAUGUUGCCUAGUGGUUCUUCUGUUUGAAGGCUUUACACCUGUUCUUUGGUCUUCUGUCCACUUGUAAAGCUCUUUUUUUCUCGAGUUUGUUUUUCCAGUCUAAACUUUAAUUUUUUUAAAUUUCAAUGUCCUGCCUAACAAUGUUCAUCAGAUGGCAUGCUAGUGCAUGAUUUAAAUGCUUGAUUUUUCUACCAUGGCUUGCAAGGAUAGGCUCUUGAAUGUGUCAGACAGGACACUGGAAAUGUCCACUCGAUGGCUUCAGUUGACUAGAAUGAUUCCUCUGUGAAUGAACUACUUUCUCCUGUGAUUUUCCUGUUGGCAACUCAAGACCUUUAGGUGUUUUUCUUUCUUUUGCACCUCCACAUCAAACCUCCAUUUGUUUUAGUCAUGCAUUUCCCUACAAAUUGUUCUUUUAGAAUCACCAGGAAAAUGCCCUGUACCCCCUCCUGACUUGUGAUUGUUUACUAGCUUUUAAAUCUGUAAAUAAUUUUUUUCUUUUUAAUUGCUUAACAUUUAAAGAUUUUUUGAUUGCCGGUAUUCAAGCUUUUUUUUGUCACCUACCAUUUGAAAAUGUUUCAUAUUUCAACAUCAAACAUACAACCAAAGAAUUGUAUUGAAAAUCCAAAUAUAUUUUUUCACACUGGUAAACAAUAAGAUGCUUUAGAAAUAAAUUUAUCUAUGUAGAUUCAAUGUGGUAAUUAUUUUUUUACUUAGGUUUUACGAAGUAACUUUUAAAUUACUGAGUAAUUCUUGGUGUUCUUAUUUUGGUGUUUGAUAUACGAGUGGUACCACUGCUGAUAUAUGUUAAAACCAGCACGUCAAGUGAAUUUAUGCAAUGUUUUUAAUGUGCCCCAUGUGUACAGGUUUGAAACAUCCUUGAUGUAUAUAAACUAACUGAAUGAUCAUCUCACUCAGUUCUCUUCUGGAACAAAUUAUUCUUGUUUGAUUCAUUUAGGUGCUGAACUCUUAAAGAUAUUACCUAUGGUUAUCUAUCUGUAUCUAGUAUAUUGUCAAUACUUCAGAUCUGUGUAUCCCAAGCUGAAAUUGUAAUUAUAUCUAGCAAUACUCUUUAGCACUAAAAGUUUGAAAAUCUGUAGCACUAAUCUUAAGCACUUAAAGUAAUUCAUCCAGCUGUAAAAUUUUGUAUCCUCUAAGCUGAAAUGUAAAGAAUCUGUAACAAAAUGUAAUGAAUCUGUAACAAUCUUCAUCACUAACAGGUGUCAAAAUCUUAUCUGUAGCACUAUUUAGUGUGGCGUGAAUAAACAUUACAUUUUAUUCACGGUCAUGUAAUCCUAUCAAACAGCUGUUUGCAAUUUGUAUCCUUGCUGUCUGCAUCUUGUAUCCUAGCUGUCUGCAACUUGUAUCAUAGCUAGUGAUAGGUAGAACUACCACGAGGAGUUGAAUAGCUUCCAUAUAGCACUUAUUAUAUCAAGUUGUCAAUGUAAGAAUUUACCCUGGUAUAUUUUUGAUCAGACAAUAUUUGUUCUAAGACUGUUGAUCAGCAACUUUAUAAAAACACAAAUAUCAAACAAGCAUUUGUACAGAUAUACUACUGGACAUCAUUCAUAUCAUUCAUAUUUCUUUUGAAUAUCGGCGUUUCAUUUUGACAUGGAUUUUUAUCCUUUUUAAAUUUUUUGUCUUUUAAAAUUGUUGCUUCAUUUUGUACAAAUUGUCACAUUCAAAAUGAUUGUACUUUUAAAACCAUUGUACUUGAACAUGCUUCAUGAAUAAAUUGUUUUUCAAUAAAAGAGGGAUUGGUUUGUAUAUUGGAGCUAAACUUGUGUACACAGAAUACCUCAGUUCCAUUGACGUCAAAUUGUUUUGAUAUGAAAUUAGGUUUUGGGUCAAGAAAUUAGAAUAGUCAUUUGCUCUGAAAACUCUAAAUUUGAUUUUGGCUUUUUUUAGAUUGUAGGUCAGGAACUUGACUGAAACAAUGACCGCUGGUAGUUUGACCACUGUUAGCUUGACUGACCGUUAGCUUGACUGACUGACCACUGUUAGCUUGACUGACUGACCACUGUUAGCUUGACUGACUGACCGUUAGCUUGACUGACUGACCAUUAGCUUGACUGACUGACCACUGGUAGCUUGACUGACCACUGGUAGCUUGACUGACCGCUGGUAGCUUGACUGACCGCUGGUAGCUUGACUGACCGCUGUUAGCUUGACUGACUGACCGUUAGCUUGACUGACUGACCACUGGUAGCUUGACUGACUGCUGGUAGCUUGACUGACCACUGUUAGCUUGACUGACUGACCACUGUUAGCUUGACUGACUGACCACUGUUAGCUUGACUGACCGCUGGUAGCUUGACUGACCGCUGGUAGCUUGACUGACCACUGGUAGCUUGACUGACCACUGGUAGCUUGACUGACCACUGGUAGCUUGACUGACCGCUGGUAGCUUGACUGACCACUGUUAGCUUGACUGACUGACCACUGUUAGCUUGACUGACCGCUGGUAGCUUGACUGACCGCUGGUAGCUUGACUGACUGCUGGACAGAUUGACCGCUGGUAGAUGUACAUAUGUUGCCUUGCUGCCUGGACACAGAUGUGGCAAACAUUCCAGUCCUCCUGGCAGUCCCCCACCCCCCACCUCAAGAGGCUUUCACAUCUGGUAACAAGAAGCAGAUAUUUGAGUGAUCCAAAUGAAGAAAACCAAUGCUGGUGUGAAAGCCUCUUUGAAUUUGGAACUUGUCAAUUACUUUUUUGUGGUGGUGGGAAUUUUUUUUUUAUUCAAGAUCUUGUGUCAUAAUUUAUUUUCUCAUUUUAAAGAAUAAUGCAUAACUUGUCAAAGAUCAAAGUAGUUAGUUGAAAGUGUGUUUUGGGGUCUUUUACUUAUUAAAACUUACAUGUCUGCCCAAGACAAAAUGUUGUAUGUGCAUUAAUGUUAAUGAUAGCAUAAAUGAUAGUUUUGUCUAAUGCAAAUUUAGAAUAAAGUAUUGAUAUUUGAAUUGAAUAUUAAAGGCACAAUGACAAGACAUUUGUAUGUGGCUAUACAUAAUGCAUAAUUGAGUUGAUUUGAAACCUCCAUGUGUGAGUGUCCACUUUUGGAAGAAAGAUCUGCUUAUGUUUUUGACUGUAUCCAUUUUAGUUUAGCAUCAAGAUGGAAGUGUGAAUGAACAAUGCAAGACAUUUUGAACAUUCUCUUGUACGUCAGGUUUGACUUGCAACUUCCUACUUUGUCAUUGGGCUAGAUGUUUAUUAUUACCUCUACUAAUUGGUCUAGUUUUAACUGCUCCAAUUAGAAAGACUCCAAAACUGUAGCAUGAAUGAAGUGUGAAAGCAUUGCUUAUUAUGAGGGGCCAUUAUUCACAAGUAGCUUUUUAUACACUUUUUACAAAUGCUGAAAAUGUUUUUCAUUAUCAUUUCUCCCUCUCUCGCAAGUUGAGGAAUUAGGAAUAUUCUUUCAAAAGCUUUGAGUGAAAAUGUCCCAUUUUUUUCUGCUCCCCUUUUCUCACCUAUUUUCAUUUUUUUCACUUUAGUUCUGGGUAUGUGAAAUGGCAUGCAUUUUUAGAAGACAAAAAUAAACCUUUUUUUAAAAUC